AUGAUUAUCACCGAUCAAGAUCCUGCAAUGACCAAGGCCAUAGCUCAUAGCUUACCAAAUACAUUUCAUAGGUAUUGUAGUUGGCACAUAAUUGAGAAGUUUUCUACAUAUUUGAAUGCAAUUACUUACAGAGAUUUUUAUAAGGACUUCCAACAAUGCAUUUGGGAAUCAGAAUGCCCUAUGGAGUUUGAAAGAAAAUGGGCAACUAUCGUCGAGAAGGCGAGCCUAUAUAACAAUGAUUGGUUAAGGUCAAUAUUUGAAAUGCGUAACAGAUGGGUGCCUGCAAAUGUUAAUCAUAUAUUCUUGGCCGGGAUGUCAAGCAACCAACGUGCAGAAAGCUCACAUGCAUUCUUCAAGAAAUAUGUUUCCAAGAAGAAUUUAUUGAUGGAUUUCAUAUUUCAACGUAACGAAGAUUUAGCUGCUGAUCAUGUUGAUAUUAAUGAGAAGGCUCUUUUAAAAUUGCCAUUGAAAAUGGAAAAGCAAAUGGCUAAGAUUUACACACGCAAGAUUUUUCGUAAGUUUCAAGAUGAGUUGUGGCAAAGCUUAAUAACAAUGCCACAACUUGUGCGUGAAAAUGAUACACAUAAAGUGUAUACGGUCAAGAGCAGUCCCCAUGACGGUGUUCAUAGAGCUCUGGAAAUUGCUUAUGACAAAGGUUCGAACUUUGCAUCUUGUAGUUGUAAGAAGUUUGAGAGUUAA